AUGGCAUCAAGAUCAUCAGUUCAAAUUAAUUCCUUACAUACAUCAAAUCGUACAACAGAAUCACCAACAUUAAACAAUCAUAAAACUAAUGAAAGUGACACUGUUUUAGUAGCUAAAAAAUUUAGUUGUGUUAGCUUGGUUGAACGUGAAGAACGACAACAAGCACUUGAUCGUUUAGAAAUUCUUAAAACAGUUGGUACUGGUUCAUAUGGUCAUGUUGUUGUUGCUCGAGAUCGUGACACAUCUAAUUAUUAUGCAUUAAAAAUAUUUACUAUUAAUCAUGUUGUACAAUCACGUCAAACUGAACAUGUCAAAAGUGAAAAAGAAAUUUUAUCAGUUAUAAAACAUCCAUUUAUAAUUCGUUUAUAUUGGACACAUCAUUCCGAACAAUUUCUUUAUAUGCUUCUUGAUUAUGUACCUGGUGGUGAAUUAUUUACUUAUAUGAGAAGAAAAGUAAUAUUUGAUAUUAAAUCAUCAUUAUUUUAUAUAAGUGAAAUAACACUUGCAUUUGAAUAUCUUCAUUCAUUACAAAUUGUUUAUCGUGAUUUGAAACCUGAAAAUAUUCUACUUGAUGCUGAAGGUCAUGUUAAAAUUGUUGAUUUCGGUUUUGCAAAGAAAAUCUUAAAUAAAACAUUUACUACAUGUGGUACACCAGAUUAUUUAAGUCCAGAAUUAUUUAAAGGUACAGGACAUAAUAAAAGUACUGAUUGGUGGAGCUUAGGUAUUUUAUUAUUUGAAAUGCUUAGUGGAGCAACACCAUUUAAUCCAAAUCAAAAUGAAAGUGAAAUUCCCAGUCGUGUAUUAGCUGGUAGAAUAACAUGGCCUCGGACAAUAGAUGACCAAUCAAAAGUAUUUAUUAAAAAAUUAUUAGUUCAAAAUCCUGACAAACGUCUUGGUGCUGGUAGAAAUGGUUCACGUGAAGUAAAAGAACAGCCAUUUUUUGCAUCAAUUAAAUGGGAAGAUGUUUAUGCAAGAAAAUUAAAACCACCUAUUGUACCUACUGUUCAACAUGCAGGUGAUACAUCAUGUUUUGAUCAAUAUAAAGAAGAUUGGCGAUCAGCACCAUUUGCAUCGGAUAAAGAAUUGGAAUUAUUUGCCGAUUUUUAA